UAUUCAAAUGGUUGGUUGUUCGGUUACUAUGGCAUACUUUGUAUUUGUGGAAAAGGUUUUGUCACUUUAAUGUUUUUUUUUUAGGAGACGAAACAGUACCGUUUAAUGAGAAAGAUAAUCAAACAUGUACAUUUCGUAAUGUUGAACCCCACCUAGUGGCGUUUCUAGGAGACAAAAAAGUCGCAAGCGAAGUUGCAGAAUUCGAACCCGGAAGUGAACUUGUAUUUCGAUGUCGUGACAUAGGCAAGUUUAGUCUCGUUGGCAGUGUGCGACGAAAGUGUCGCCGCGGAGAGUGGACAGGAAUGAAACCCUCUUGUUUCGGACUGUCACAAGAGAACGAUUAUGCUUUGGAGAAGCCACCGACAAUACUGUUCCGCCACCAGCUGGGACCGAUAGCUCAGAGUAACGACGGGAAACUAGUGGUGUAUCCUGGAACCAUCCUACAUCUAGAAUGUUUGUGGAUCCGGAAGUAUGGAACACCAAAAUGGGAAGUUAGCCACUCCUACAGAAAAUACCCGGAAGGUUGGACUAACGAACCAGGUCGUGACCCACAGCUGGAGUAUCGACUGUCCAUUUACCACGCGCAGAAAGAUGACUCUGGUCAGUUCACGUGUAUCACCCCCAUGGGUCAUAGACAUUAUGUGAAUAUCAUUGUUUCAGGUAAGAAUUUUCAAAUGAAUUUGGGUUUAUCUAAACCAAUGCUUUCUCACGAUUUCUUAGCCCUUGAAUGUACAGAAAUGACCAAUGAUACUGGUGGACUUCUAAUUGUUCAUGCUCCUAGUCGUGAGGUCAUGGCCAAGGCUACUUUCUCAUGUCCAGUAGGAUAUGGACUGAAAGGAGAGGCUGAAGUGACCUGCCUCGAUAAUGGCACGUGGUCAGCACCUGUUCCAGAAUGUAAAGAGGUUAUCUGUUCACCACCACCAACUCCUCAGAAUGGAUUCCUACAGACAGGCAGUCAGAAACAGUACAAAGGUGGAGAAUAUGUUCAAUUUGCUUGUCAUUCCGGUAAGAUGAUGGUUAAUCCAGGGAUUAUUGUUUGUCAGGAGAAUGGACGCUGGUCUGGACCUCCUCCAAAGUGUGUACCAGCCUGUACUUAUCCGGGAACGACAGAAGGGGGGAUGAUAUCUGACGUCAAGUUCUUCUACCAAACCAACGAAAAUGUAACGUUUGAUUGUGCGGAGGAAUUCGAACUUAGGGGGGAGCGUGUCCUCUACUGUCAGGAGGAUGGACGAUGGUCGAGUACAAUCCCUACGUGCCAUCCUAUCAGAAGGGGCUAGGAAAGCAGACAAUAGAGGGCGCAUGUGCUGAGGUCUCUAUGCAAAUUUGGAAAAGCUGAAAAACGUAUUGUUUUGAGAAAUCUAUAAGCAAUAUAAAACACUAUGUGAUGUGUUUGCUGGAAUUUGACAAAAUAUGAAGAAAUCGUGGUGACUUUACCAAACAUAUCAAACAGAAAUUCUACAGUUUCGUGUGAUUGCUUAAGACAUUCUACAGAUCAAAAGGAAUAUUACUGGGUGGUGCUUAUAAAUUGACUUCUUUGCAUUAGUUUCUGGAUUUUGAGUUAGAUUUUCAACUGUAGUUAAUCUAGUUUAUUUGUCACGUAUAGUGGCUUCGUGCAUGUAGUAUCUAGAAUAUUUCAGGCAGACUUUCGACCUCUCUCUCUGUAGUGAAUUUUAUCUUAAUUUCUAAAUUGAAACUAUCGUGUUAAACACUCACUUGUAUUGAGUAAAUUGUUGAUGUACAGAGGACGUAGAACUGAGAAACGAUUUUGUUUGUCUUAAGGCUUAACAUAGAUCAUUGACCUGAGUUAGAUAACUGACUAAUUCAAAUUACCUUCUAGAUAACUAACUUUAUCUCCUAAUUGUUCAAGUUCUGUUUGUAUUCGUGAAUAAUAUGUAAGCAUUGCUUCAAAGCAACAGUUUGCGAAGACUCAACCGCACGUGAUGUAGCCUAAGCUUGUGUUUCUCCUAAGUACAAGAAUACAUUACUUGUAAUUGUAGCCUGGUGGUUUGAUAGUAUUGGUUUGUGGAAAUCAAAAGAAAGUUCAUAUUUUUGUCUUCUAUAAAUGGAAAAAAAAAAAGAGUCUUAGAUGUAAAUAAAUUUGGUACGUGCAUUA